AUGGCCAUGGAGAAAGAUCGCAUCACUUGCCACGUCCUCGACACAACAGCUGGACGUCCUGCCAAGGGCAUCGCCGUCCGUCUCGUUGGUCCAUCUACCAGCCAGACAUUUUCAUCAGAAACAGAGCCGUCCGAUUCACAAGCGGAGCAUUCAUAUAGUGCUACUACGGAUGCAGAUGGUCGCAUCAAACUUUGGAAGCCUUUGGGAAUGUCUUCGGAACUUUCCGGGGUCCUAGCUGGUGUACAAGGUGCCUCACGAUGGACUCUGCACUUUGAUACCGAGGGAUACUUUGGCGAAGGCAACACGUUUUUCCCCGAAGCAACAAUAGUUUUUCGAGUCGAGCAAGGCCAAACAUACCAUGUGCCAUUGCUAUUGAGCCCUUUCACUUACACCACAUAUCGUGGAAGCUAG